GCUCGGAGUCCCUAAUUUCUCGUGCUGCUGUGGCCCGGAUAUGGCGACUCCCGGCCCUGUGAUUCCGGAGGUUCCCUUUGAACCAUCGAAGCCUCCAGUCAUUGAGGGGCUUAGCCCCACUGUUUACAGGGAUCCAGAGACUUUCAAGGAAAAGUUCCUUCGCAAGACCCGCGAGAACCCGGUGGUACCCAUAGGUUGCCUGGCCACAGUGGCCGCCCUCACCUACGGCGUCUACUCCUUCUACCGGGGCGACAGCCGGCGCUCUCAGCUCAUGAUGCGCACCCGGAUCGCCGCCCAGGGUUUCACGGUCACAGCCCUCUUGCUGGGUCUAGCUGUCACCGCUAUGAAAUCUCGACCCUGAGCCCAAGGUCUGGCCUUGAAAGCUCCGCAGAAAUGAUUCCAAAACCCAGGAGCAACCACUGGUCCUACCAUGGGACUUACUCCCUCCUCUCCUCUGAGAGGCCCAUGUGUCGUUGGGGGAGGAAGUGACCCUUUGUGUAACCGUAACUGAAAGUUUUUCAGAAAUCCUAGAUUCUGUUGUUUGAAUGUUACAUACUUCUAUUUGUGCCACAUCUCCCCUCCACUCCCCUGCUUAAUAAACUCUAAAAAUCCA